CGAAGCGUUAAAGUUGUUAACUUGAAUGAUGAUUCCGCAGUAGAAAGAAGAACUCGUUGAGGAAAGUUGUCGGUAAUUUAGGAAGCACUGGAAUAAAAAAAGGACAUUUAAAUAAUGCCAAAACAUGGCGUUGGUUCAGCUAUACACACGGUACAACAGAGUGUGGAUUCCAGAUGAAGAACACGUGUGGAAAUCAGCAGAAAUUCUGAGAGAUUUUCACGACGGGGAUGAUCGUCUUCAACUGCUUCUUGAAGAUGGCACUGAGUACACCGUGGACUCGUCACCAACAAAACUACCUCCGCUUCGCAACCCAGAUAUCUUGGUGGGGGAGAACGAUCUCACUGCUCUUAGCUACCUCCAUGAACCUGCAGUUCUGCACAACCUCAGAGUGCGAUUCUUGGAGUUCAGAAUCAUCUAUACUUACUGUGGUAUCAUCCUGGUGGCUUUGAAUCCCUACCAGCAGCUUUCUAUCUACGGAGAUGCAAUCAUUCACGCAUACUCGGGCCAAAACCUGGGUGACAUGGACCCGCAUAUAUUUGCCGUUGCAGAGGAAGCCUACAAACAGAUGGCCAGAAACCAAAGGAACCAGUCCAUCAUUAUCAGUGGAGAAUCUGGAGCAGGCAAAACAGUGUCUGCUCGAUACGCAAUGAGAUACUUUGCUGUUGUAAGCAAAUCAGGCAGUAAGACCCAAGUUGAAGACAAAGUAUUGGCAUCCAAUCCCAUUACAGAGGCCAUUGGGAAUGCAAAGACAACCAGAAACGACAACAGCAGCCGUUUUGGAAAAUUCACCGAAAUCAGUUUUGACAGCAGGUACCGGAUCAUUGGGGCAAAUAUGAGGACGUACCUUUUGGAGAAAUCCAGAGUGGUUUUCCAGGCUUAUAAUGAGAGGAACUAUCACAUAUUUUACCAAAUGUGCGCCUGUGCAGACCUGCCACAAUUCAGGGCACUCCAGCUGAUGAGUGCCGUAGAGUUCCACUACACGGGCAUGGGCGGUGAUAUUUUUAUUGAAGGUGUAGAUGACAGGAAAAGCAUGGAGGAGACCCAGCGGACCUUCUCUUUGCUAGGACUGAAUGAGGACUUUCAAUCGGAUGUCUUCAAAGUGCUGGCAGCCAUUCUCCAUAUGGGAAAUGUGGAAAUAAAGAGCUUUGGUGAUGACAGAUCAUCUAUUUCUCCCAGCGACACACACCUCCUCAUCGUCUGUGACCUGUUGGGUGUGCGUGCAGACAAGUUGGUGCAAUGGCUGUGCAAUCGGAGACUUGUGCUUGUGGCGGAGAAGGUGGUAAAACCGUUGCACAAGGACCGUGCGGUGAAUUCCAGAGAUGCCCUCGCCAAGCGGAUCUAUGCUUAUUUGUUUGACUGCAUCAUCAACAGGAUUAACCGGGCACUGCAGGUGCCUGGGAAGCAGCAUGCUUUUAUAGGCGUUUUGGACAUCUAUGGCUUUGAGACGUUUGACAUCAACAGUUUUGAGCAGUUUUGCAUCAACUAUGCCAACGAGAAGCUGCAGCAGCAGUUUAACUUGCAUGUGUUUAAACUGGAGCAAGAGGAGUACAUGAAAGAAGACAUCCCAUGGACGUUAAUAGAUUUCUAUGACAACCAGCCAGCCAUUGACUUGAUUGAAGCUAAAAUGGGAAUCCUUGACUUGCUAAAUGAAGAAUGUUUGUUUCCUCAAGGCACAGAUCAAAGCUGGCUGCAGAAACUAUACAACUACCUUGGUAGCAAGCCCUUGUUUGAGAGGCCCAAGAUGUCGAAUGAAACCUUUGUGGUACAACACUUUGCAGACAAGGUGGAGUAUCACUGCAAAGGUUUUCUUGAGAAAAACAGAGAUGCUCUUUAUGAAGAACUAGUUGAAGUUAUGAGAGACAGUCAGUUUCCUUUCCUGGCCAAAUUCUUCCAAGAGGAGGAGCAAAAGGCUCUAAACAUUAGAGGAAUCAAAGUGAACGCAGCCAGGCCCGGAGUGAAACCAGCCAAUAAACAGCUCAGAACCUCCGUUGGUGAUAAGUUUUGCAGCUCUCUCUCCUUACUGAUGGCGACAUUGAAUGCCACAACCCCUCACUAUGUGCGGUGCAUCAAGCCAAAUGAUGAAAAGCUGCCCUUUGAAUAUGACUCCAGGAGGGUGGUCCAGCAGCUACGGGCCUGUGGAGUCCUCGAAACUAUUCGCAUCAGUGCUCAAAGUUACCCAUCCAGGUGGACCUACUCUGAGUUUUACAACCGUUACAAUGUCCUAAUGACCAAUCAGGAGGCGGGAUGCAAUGAUAAAAUGCAAACGUGCAAAAAUGUGCUGCAGAGGUUGAUUCAGGACACGAACCAGUACAAAUUUGGUCGCACAAAGAUCUUCCUUCGAGCUGGUCAGGUAGCAUUUUUAGAGAAGCUUCGUCUGGACCAACUACGAACGGCCUGCAUUACCAUCCAGAAACACGUGCGAGGAUGGAGCCAGAGAAAGAAGUACCUUCGCAUGAGGAAUGCAGCUAUCACGUUACAACAAUACAUCCGUGGCAAGAAGACGAUACGUAAAGCAGUGAGUGCAGCUAACCUGAAGCAGGCUUGGGCAGCCGUCUUGAUCCAGAGGUACUGGAGAGGCUUCCGCAUAUGGAAGGUCUAUGAAACGGUACGAUUGGCAACCAUCACCAUACAAGCUUUCACACGAGGUUGGCUGGCCCGUAAAUCCUAUGCUAAGAUGGUUGAAGAACGAAAGGCCUUGGUUCUGCAGAAGUACGCCAGAGCAUGGCUUGCUCGUCGGCGUUUUAAUGCCAUGCGUCGCCUGGUGCAUCAAGUACAGCUCUCCUUCAGGGUGCAGCAGCUCCGAAAGAAGAAUGAGGAGCAGAGUAAAGAGAACCGCGGGUUGGUGGAAAGACUGACAAGCUUGGCAACCUCCCACUCUCAAACCUUGGAUAGGCUUCAAUCUCUGGAGACACAGCUGAAAAAAUCAACCAACCAGAAGGCGUCUUUGGAAGCUAGAGAGAAGAAAAUUAAAGAAGAUGCUUCUCUGAAAUUGACUACGCUUCAAAGUGAAAUCGAUCGAGUAAUUAUUGAGAAGCAGAACAUGGAGAAAACAUUUCAAGCUUCCUCCAAAGAACUAAAAGAAAAAUAUGAUAAAGCAAAGCUGAAUCUGCUAGAGGAGAAAGAAAUUCAAAAAAGACUUAGCAAGAUCGCUGAGUUCAACCUUGACAUUCAGAAACAGGACCAUGAAAAAGAGCUGAGAAGCCUGAAAGAGGAGAUCAGGCGGCUAAAGGAAGAGCGAGUCAGUCUGCAAAUGAAGUUGGAUGAGGACGACCGGGUUGAAACUGACCUGCGUGAUCAGGUGAUCCAGCUCACCAAGCAUGUCAAGGUUAUCCCCGAACUACGCAGGGACUUGAGCAACUUGCAAAAUCAGAAGAAUACCGUAGACCGAAAGAUGAAGCAACAGUCUGAAGAAGCAAGAGCCAGUCUAAAUAAGAUUUCAAAACUACUUGCUGGAAGUAUUGUUGAAGAAGACGUGCUUUUGAGGCUAACAGCAAAUGCAUCUGAGAAGACUUAUGAAGCUGAAGACCUGCUAGCAGUCUUUGAUUGUCUAGAGAAAGCUACCAGAACACUGGAGAGCCACCGUAAGGAGCAGAAGGCAAUUUAUGAGACCCAAGUGGAGGGCUUCAAAAUGAGAGUGGACUACCUUCAAAAUGAAAACAACAGUUUGCAAAGUAUGUUCACUGAAAAAAGCAGUAUUGAUGAGAAUAUUCGCCAGGAGGUGUGCAGGCUGAGCAGCGAGAACUCUGUUAUACCUGAGCUGAAAGGGCAGAUUUCAGAGCUGCAAAGACAAACUAAAGAUUAUGAGGCUCUCAUAGAAAAGCAAAACAAAGAUCUAGCUGAAAACGCAGAGGAAAUCAAAAGCAUCCUUCAAAAGAAGAUCGAAGAAGAGAGUUCUAAGCGCAGACACUUUGAGGAGCAAGCUGAAGUGUUGGAGGAGGACAAUAAGGACCUUCAAGGCAAAAUAAAAGACCUCCAAGAGGACAGUGAUCACUUAAGCAGGCAGCUGCAGAUGGAGAGAGACGCCAAAAUCCGACUGAGAUUAGAAGUCACCGAGUUAUCUUCAGAUAAUAAAGAGUUUGAGGAACAGCUUGACCAGAAGGACAGGUUGAUAAAAAGAUUAGAGAAUCAAAUGAUAAGCUUCGAAACAACACAUAAAGAUAACAAAACCUCUUCGUCAGGAAGUCCUAAAGGUUAUCUUGGAAUGUUGGAGUGCAAGAAAGAGGAUCAAUCCAAGCUCAUUCAAAACCUCAUAUUAGACCUUAAGCCCAACGGUGUGGCGGUCAACAUGAUCCCUGUUCUCCCAGCCUACAUCCUCUUCAUGUGUGUCCGCCAUGCUGACUACAUGAACGAUGAAGAAAAACUCAUGUCUCUUAUGAAUGCCAUUAUAAGCAAUGUCAAAAGGUUUACCAUGACUCACCAGAACGACUUGGUAUCCUUGUCCUUCUGGCUGUGCAACAUGUAUCAGCUGCUUAACUGUCUCAAGCAGUACAGUGGUGAUGAGGAGUUUUGUAAACAAAGCUCUCCCCGUCAAGUAAAUAACUGCUUGCAGAACUUUGACUUGUCAGACCACCAGCAGGUUGUCAGCGACUUGGCCAUCUGCAUCUACCACCAGCUCAUUACCACUAUGGAAAAUGCUCUGGGAACUGCUAUUGUCCCUGCUAUGUUGGAGCACGAGAGUUUACAAGGGAUUUUCAGCACGAAGCCUCCAGGUUUCAGGAAUCAUUCCAACAAAAACAAUGAGACGGAGAUGUGCACCGUCUUCUUUAUAAUUGAACGGCUUUCACGCUUCUACGCUAUCAUGACCCACCACAGCAUGGAUGCAAACCUCAUUAAACAGGUUGUCAAGCAACUGCUCUUUUACAUUGGCGCGACCACCGUCAACCACCUGCUGCUCAGUAAAAAUAUGUGCUCCUGCAGUAGAGGAAUGCAAAUAAGAUGUAACAUCAGUUACCUGGAGGAGUGGCUGCAGGAGAAGGAACUGCUGAGUUCCAUUGACACUCUGAAGCCCUUGACACAGGCCGCCUGGCUGCUGCAGGUGAGCAAGACCACAGAUGACGACGCCAAGGCCAUCGUUGAGAAAUGCACUGAGCUCAACACAGUGCAGAUUGUCAAGAUUCUGAAUUCAUACACACCCAUCGAUGGUUAUGAAAAGAGGGUGGCGUCAUCGUUUGUCCGGAAAGUUCAGUCAUUGCGACAAUAUCAUGACGGGUCCGCUCAGCUGAUGAUGGAUGUACGGUAUCGUUUCCCAGUUACGUUUCCAUUCUACGUGUCUUCGCAGGCUUUGGAGCUGUUGAAGGUUCCCAACAGCCUUCACCUGGAAUUCUUAAACAUGAUCUGACCUUUUACUGCUCUUGUUAUGUGUGAUUUAUGGUCACAACAUGAAUAUGGAAACACUGAGUAUUUUUUAAAAAGUUAGUUCAAAUCCAGUCUUUGUACUGUACAAUUCACUUUUAAAAACCCCGUUUCCAUAUGAGUUGGGAAAUUGUGUUGGGUGUAAAUGUAAACGGAAUACAAUGAUUUGCAAAUCCUUUUCAACCCAUGUUCAAUUGAAUGCACUACAAAGACAAGAUAUUUGAUGUUCAAAUUCAUAAACUUUUUUUUUUUUGCAAAUAAUAAUUAACUUAGAAUUUCAUGGCUGCAACACGUGCCAAAGUAGUUGCGAAAGGACAUGUUCACCACUGUGUUACAUCACAUUUUCUUUUAACAACCCUCAAUAAACGUUUGGGAACUGAGGAAACUAAUUGUCGAAGCUUUGAAAGUGGAAUUCUUUCCUAUUCUUGCUUGAUGUACAGCUUAAGUUGUUCAACAGUCCAGGGUCUCCGCUGUCGUAUUUUACGCUUCGUAAUGCUCCACACAUUUUCGAUGGGAGACAUGUCUGGACUGCAGGCGAGCCAGGAAAGUACCCACACUCUUUUAGUACGAAGCCACACUGUUGUAACACGUGGUUUGGCAUUGUUUUGCUGAAAUAAGCAGGGGCGUCCAUGAUAACGUUGCUUGGAUGACAACAUAUGUUGCUCCAAAACCUGUAUGGACAAUCCGGAUGGUUAUCUUCCUCUUUGUUACGGAGGACACUACGUCCACAGUUUCCAAAUAUAAUUUGAAAUGUGGACUCGUCAGACCACGGAACACCUUUCCACUUUGCAUCACUCCAUCUUAGGUGAGCUCGGGCCCAGCGAAGCCGGCAGCGUUCCUGUGUGUUGUUGAUAAAUGGCUUUCGCUUUGCAUAGUAGACUUUUAACUUGCACUUACAGAUGUAGCGAUCAACUGUAGUUACUGAAAGUGGUUUUAUGAAGUGUUCCUGAGCCCAUGUGGUGAUAUCCUUUACACACUGAUGUCUGUUUUUGAUGUGGUACCGCCUGAGGGAUCAACGGUCUGUAAUAUCAUAGCUUACAUGCAGCAAAUUCUCCCGAUUCUCUGAACUUUUUGAUGAUUUUACGGACCGUAAAUGGUAAAAUCCCUAAAUUCCUUGCAAUAGCUCGUUGAGAAAUGUUGUUCCGAAACUGUUCGACAAUUUGCUUAUAAAUUGGUGACCCUCGCCCCAUCCUUGUUUGUGAAUUACUUAGCAUUUCAUGGAUGCCGCUUUUAUACCCAAUCAUGGCACCCACCUGUUCCCAAUUAGCCUGCACACCUGUGGGAGGUUCCAAAUAAGUGUUUGAUGAGCAUUCCUCAACUUUAUCAGUAUUUAUUGCCACCUUUCCCAGCUUCUUUGUCACGUGUUGCUGACAUUAAAUUCUAAAGUUAAUGAUUAUUUGCAAUGGGUUGAAAAUGAUUUGCAAAUCAUUGUAUUCCGUUUAUAUUUACAUCUAACACAAUUUCCCAACUCAUAUGGAAACGGGGUUUGUAGAUUAGUUUAAUAUGAUCAAAUUUAUUUUUUUAUUUAAUCUAGUGUUUUUAUCUGCAACUAUUUUAAAGGUUAGUCUUUCAUGUCUAGUUUUAACUUCUCCUGUAGAGAUUUCCAUGUUUAAAGCUCUUUAAGGUUCAGGUUGGGAAAUAAAAACAGCCUUAUAUUCAA